AUGGGGAAUUGCGACCUUUCUCGCAGUCCCCUGAUGGCUGAUAUACAGCCCAAAUUACACAUUACAUUAAUAUUGCAUGUACCUAUACGUAUUGAAUUGGGACUGGAGAUAACCGACCAACAACUAAAGGAGCUGCGUGACAAUGUGGACAAUGUGGACUUUGCGGCGGCCGCCGAAGAAGAAAAGCUCACCCGACACGACAUCAUGGCUCACGUGCACACGUACGCCGCUUGUUGUCCGACAGCCGGGCCUAUCAUUCACCUUGGCGCCACUUCCUGCGACAUCGGAGACAACGCCGACCUGAUUGUUUUAAGGGACGCUUUCGACAUACUGUUACCGAAAUUGGCCGGUUGCGUGAAAACAUUGGGUGAAUUUGCGGAUGAACACAAGCAUUUGGCCACAUUGGGUUUUACUCACUUUCAACCGGCUCAACUCACCACGGUCGGCAAACGCGCGUGUCUUUGGUUACAGGAUUUGAUUUUCUGCGAAAAAAACAUAAGUCGUAUUCGUGCUGACCUCAAGUUUCGCGGUAUCAAAGGAACAACAGGCACUCAAGCGUCAUUUUUACAACUUUUCAACGGUAACUACGAAAAAGUUAGAGAAUUGGAUAACAGGGUAACAAAACUCGCCGGAUUCCCAGCUUCAUACUCGGUCACAGGUCAGACAUAUCCUCGAAUUGUUGAUGCAGAAGUUGUUUCAUCCUUAAGCAUUCUUGGGGCUGCUGUCCAUAAGAUGUGUACAGACUUGAGGCUAUUGGCAGGUAUGAAUGAAAUUGGAGAACCUUUUGAACCCACUCAAAUAGGCUCAAGUGCAAUGGCUUAUAAACAAAAUCCAAUGAGAAGUGAAAGAGUUUGCUCUAUUGCUCGGUAUCUUAUGAAUCUAGUUAACAAUCCUUUAUCUACUGCCUCUGUACAGUGGUUAGAGCGAACAUUGGACGACAGUGCAAAUAGGCGAUUGUGUUUAUCAGAAGCAUUUUUGGCUGCAGACAGUAUAAUGUUGACAUUACAAAAUAUCCUCGAAGGGUUAUCUGUAUUUCCCAAAGUGAUAUCAAGAAAUAUUGAGAAAGUUUUACCCUUUAUGGCUACAGAAAACAUCAUCAUCGCAAUGGUCAAAGUUGGAGGAGAUAGACAAGUGUGCCAUGAAAAAAUAAGAGUUUUAUCACUAGAGGCAGCUAGUACAGUUCGUCUAGAAGGUAAAGACAAUGAUCUAUUGGACAGAAUUGUGAAAGAUCCAUAUUUUGCACCAAUUUUGGAUCAGUUACCUCAUCUUUUAGAUCCAUCUACUUUCGUUGGGUGUGCACCUGAUCAGGUAAAAUAUUUUCUAAAAGAAGAAGUACAGCCUGUGGUCAAUAAAUACAUUUCCAAGAUCAAAACUACAGCUACAAAACUGGAUAUCUAA